AUGGCGCCCUUCGACGCCUCCUCCGACCUGGAGGAAGAGUCCAAGGCCAAGCAUGUGCAUGUACCAAAAAAGCUCCAUAAACGCCGACCAAAAGAGUCAAUCACCUCCGACGACCCCAACAUGCCCGAGAGGCUAAGAUGCCUUGAUGAUGCUGGCGAGGAGGACUUGACUGUCGCUAGUCAGGGCCCGACCAUGUACAUGGACAUGAACCAGUCAAUAUUUGGCCUCAUUGCCGCCGCCGGCUCCCGCCUCGACUUCACCGACCGGUUUCAUCCCCAGUCCAGUGAUGACGAAGGCGACAACGAGGGCAAAAAUGACCUGCCACCACCUGGUUCUCGCACUACCAUAUUUAGGCGCCACGCUAAAUCCCCCAAGUCCAGCGAAAAGAGUCGGCUAAAGAUCACCGAUCACAAGCUUUUACGUUCUUUACCAGCCUUGCCUCGACUCUCCAAGUCUAAACUUAAGAAGGAUCAUUCCAAGUUUCCUACGUCCCCGACCGACACGACCCCAAGUGAUGCAUCCGACAGUGUUUCACGUGGUUCCGACCUCGAGAGCGACAAACGAUACGCUCCUGUAAUGAGUCGUAUGUUGGAAGCGAGAGCAGAGAUGGCAGCUCGUCCCAGCUUCGACUUGGAGAGGUUGUCUGGGGAAGGUAGUCGAGAUAGUGACUCCACGGAUCUCGGAAUCAGUCCGUUGGCUCGGAAGCUCAAAGAGAUAUUUGAAUUCGACGAGCCAGAAGAGGUUAUCGAGGAGUACCCUUGCUGGCUCCUACAGUGUGUCCUAUUGCAAGGUUUCAUGUACAUUACGGCGAAGCACGUCUGCUUCUAUGCAUAUCUUCCGAAGAAAGCCAACGAGGUCUCCAAGUCCGGUUACCUCUCCAAGAGCGGCAAGAGGAAUCCCAAGUACAACCGCUACUGGUUCCGCCUCAAGGGGGACGUCUUAUCCUACUACGCCGACACCACCAACGUUUAUUUCCCUAAUGGCCAGAUUGACUUGCGUUACGCCAUCUCCGCCAACAUCACAGACAAGGAAAAGGAAGGCACCCACUUCUCCGUGACCACCCAUCAUCGGACAUACCACCUGAAGGCGGAUAGUGCUCCUAGUGCCAAGGAGUGGGUCAAGGCGAUUCAACGAGUCAUCUUCCGGUCGCAUAAUGACGGAGACAGCGUCAAGAUCUCCCUGCCCAUUGAGAACAUAAUCGACAUCGAAGAGAUGCACAUGUUGGAGUUUGCGGACACCUGCAAAAUCCGGGUGUUAGAUAAUGACGAGACGUUUGUGCUUGACGAGUAUUACUUUUCCUUCUUCAACCAUGGCAAGGACGCCAUUAAUGUGCUCAAAAUUCUGGUUGACGAUGCAGCCUCGCGACAAAAGGAUAUGCCCAAGAUCUCUGUCCUUGCCCACAGACCAAAUUCACCUCUGGACCCGGCCGAGGUAGUUCAGGCGACCCUUCCUCGAGAUAUUGUCAAGGCGACUCUGUCACCCCACAGCCCUCCUGUCAGCCCUAGAGCGAGCGCCGAUAUGUCUAGGACUAGCUUUGAUGGUUUUAAGCCGUUCGGUAGAUCCAGCAUCGAUUGCGCGAGGAACAGCCAGGAUAUCCCUCGCAGGCACUUCAGCGGAACCCGGCGGUCUCUAAGCCGGAGUCGCGAUGGGGUUGAUGCGAGAGGGGGGUCGCCAUGGAAGCACGGCGCCUCCUCCGAGUCCUAUGUCCACUCCGUGGAUGAGCCUAGCGUGUCGGCCCUCGUAUUGUCUUCGAGCGAUGAUCCGUCGGCAAGCCAGAUUCUAAAGGGGAGCGACGUGUUCCAAAGCCCCACCAUAAGGAGGUCCACUUCUAGCACUCGCCUCAAGGAUCGUCAUGAUAAAUUACCCAGUGGUUUACAGCCUCAAUCCCCGCCUCUCAAGUCCAUUGCACCGAAACAUGCAGCCAGCACCGGAAAUCUGCCAAACCCGAUCCCCCACGACCCCAAUGGCCAGUCAACACCACCCACACCGACUCUACAGCAAAUCGCUAAAAUGGGAUCCUACCCGCUACAACGCGCCGGAGCGUUUGCCAACUAUCUGAAUUCUACUAGCAGGAAGAUGAGCUCGCUCCUAGCGUCUGAAUCCAUGGGCUAUGUUGAGAAGGUAUCUGGCAUGUGGAAGGGUGGAAGGAAACACUACGAGCAACCGCACGCGCUGCGAACAGAUGACGAUGAGGACGAUGAUGACGAUAGUGACGGAAACAAGCGUGCUACGGCCAACGAGAGGUUCAGAGCCCACUUUGCCCUGCCCGAGACGGAAAAGCUUCAGUCGACGUACUUUGGCCACCUGUUCCGCGUCCUUCCGUUGUAUGGAAAGAUUUAUAUUAGCGACCAGAAUCUCUGCUUCCGGAGCCUGCUGAUUGGAACACGGACAAAGCUUAUUCUUCCGCUGAAGGACAUUGAGAAUGUCAACAAGGAGAAGGGCUUUACUUUUGGCUACUCGGGCCUGGUAUUGGUGAUCCGCGGGCACGAAGAGCUCUUCUUUGAGUUCAACAGAAGCGAAAUUCGAGACGACUGCACGGUGACGCUCCUGCGCGCCCUGGAGAAAACACGGUUCAUGAAGGAUUCAGCCCAACUACCCAUCGCGGAGGAUCCCAGUGCCGAGGCUGCUAGAGCCGAGCGGGACGCCCUGCAGGAGGAGAGGCACGAAGUCGAGAAUUCUAAUGCGAUCAACGCCCUCGAGGCCGCGACGGAUGGCCCCCCUAUUCUCUUCGGCGACAUGAAGACAUCGCUACUCGAUUUUAAACCUGCAAACCCGCUUAAUAUUACCUGUUUGACGAUCGGCUCAAGAGGCGAUGUUCAGCCGUAUAUUGCACUCUGCAAGGGAUUAUUGGCAGAGGGUCAUAAGCCGCGUAUCGCGACACAUGCGGAAUUUCAGGGCUGGAUCGAGAGUCAUGGCAUCGAGUUUGCCAAGGUUGAGGGUGACCCUGGCGAAUUGAUGAGGCUUUGCAUUGAGAAUGGCACGUUCACGUGGUCUUUCCUACGGGAAGCCAACUCAAUGUUCCGGGGCUGGCUCGACGAGCUACUGGCAUCGGCCUGGGUUGCUUGCCAGGGCAGUGACCUGCUCAUCGAGAGUCCUAGCGCCAUGGCUGGUAUUCACAUUGCCGAGGCGCUUGGUAUCCCGUACUUCAGGGCCUUCACGAUGCCAUGGACCCGUACGCGUGCAUAUCCACAUGCUUUCGUUAUGCCCGAGAGUAAGAUGGGUGGUGCGUAUAACGUGACGAGCUACGUCCUGUUCGACAAUGUCUUCUGGAAGACCACCGCCUAUCAGAUCAACCGAUGGCGACGGAACAUGCUCAAACUUCCCAACACCAGCCUGGAGAAGAUGCAACCGAACAAGGUGCCUUUCAUGUACAACUUCUCGCCUUCCGUGGUUGCACCGCCCAUUGACUUUUCCGACUGGAUCCGCGUCACGGGUUACUGGUUCCUCGACGAAGGACAGGAUUGGACGCCGCCGCAGGAUCUGGCCAACUUUAUCGCCAAGGCGAGGGAGGACGGCAAGAAGAUCGUAUAUGUUGGCUUCGGGUCCAUCAUCGUGAAGAACCCGGCCAAGAUGACGCAAGAGGUUAUCGAUGCCGUUCUCGCUGCCGAUGUGCGCUGUAUUCUGUCCAAGGGAUGGUCGGAUCGCAUUGUCAAGGGCGGACCACCUCCCAUCGCUGAUGAGCCCGAGCUCCCUCCCGAAAUCUUUGUCAUUAAGAGCGCCCCGCACGACUGGCUCUUUAGGCAGAUAGACGCUGCUGCGCAUCACGGCGGUUCGGGCACGACUGGUGCGAGUCUCCGGGCGGGUAUCCCAACCAUCAUUCGGCCGUUCUUUGGCGACCAGUUCUUCUUUGGCAGCCGGGUGGAGGAUCUGGGUGUGGGUAUCUGGCUGAGGAAGUGGGGAGCGAACUCCUUUGGAAGAGCGCUCUGGGAGGCUACGCAUAACGAGCGUAUGAUUGUCAGGGCUAGAUCACUUGGACAAAGGAUCCGAAAGGAGAAUGGUGUCGAGAUGGCUAUACAGUGCAUCUACCGCGAUCUCGAAUAUGCCAAAUCGCUGAUUAAGAGAAAACCCAAGGAAGGCGAGCAGCCAAAGGACCUUGACGAUGAUGACGAAGGGGAAGAGGAGAGCUGGACAUUUGUGGGACGGGACGAGCCCGACCCCGAGGUACUUACUAGGAGAUUGUCUGACCUAUGGCCUGGCCCGGAGAAUUAG